CAUGGUAUUAUUGGAUGUGCCUGUAGUAUAAGAGGACAAAUUUUAAACAUCUGUGAGAAACCAGUGCAGUUUAUGAUUGUUGCUCUGCAGUACUUGCUCUUGUAAACUCUGUCUGUACACGCUGAGCAACCUGCAAAUGCACCUUAAGCCCUAAUGGAGACCGCCUUUCUCUGUCGGAAGGCGGUGAUUUAGGCUCCUACAUGUUGGCAAGAACAGGACAGCGAGCCCUUGAUUUCAUAUUGCCGAAGCAGCUCACUUUUAAAUCCGAGCUAGCGCAACUUGACGAGCAGAACGUGCACUCCGUAUCUGUGCUCCCAGCGAAACACGGCGUUUUCACUCAGGGGAGCGCCUCCCGCACGGAGGAUUUAACCCGACGUAUCCAAGGUAUUUCCCGCUGGCGAAUGCGGGCUCCUGGCAGACGCGCUUUCUACUCCGGCAGCCGUCGCGCCCGGGACGGCUCUGGGUGGGACCCACCUGCCUGGCCCCGUCCCUGCCGGGAGCGCCCUACCUGCGGCGGGGCGGCGCAGGAAGGGGGAGGCGCGGCGGGGCGGCGGUUCCGGGCACGUCGCGUUCCUCGCCGCGGGACCCGCCGCGCCCCAUGGCCGCUCCGCAGGACCCGCUGCCCCCAGAUUGGUCAUACUGGGUGGGCCCUGGCAGAGCUGUGGCAGCUGCUGAGCAGCGUGCAGGUGCUGCGUGACAGAAAUGAACCUCAGGAGCAAUCACUGAACCUGAUUUGUGUCUGUCCGAGUCAAUGUGCACAUGCUGAUUUAUGUCCGUCUGAGUCAACUCACUUGUGGCUCCCUGCAGAAGGGUGGGGAACAGAUCAUGCAGCAAAAGAGCCAGUGGAGGAUACAGAUCCAAGCACUCUUUCCUUAACAAUGACAGAAAAAUAUCCUGUCCAAGACACAGGAGUACCUAAAGAUGAGGAAUACCUAACAGACCAAGUUACUUUGGAAAUUGCAUCUGUGAACAUCAAGACCCUUACGUCAGAUUCUGGCCUAAUACAACAGCCAGAAGACAAAGACACACAAAACCAUACUGAUGAAUCGCUUUCAGAUCUCAAGAAAACCUGCAAGGAAAAUGUCACCUGCUCCUUGUGCUUAUUCCGUGCACCAACCAUCAGUGACAUGCUCAAUGAUGAGGACUUGUUGUACACAGUGAGGCUAAAGCUGGAUCCCUGCCAUCCAACAGUGAAAAACUGGAGAAAUUUAGCAAGCAAGUGGGGGAUGACUUAUGAUGAAUUGUGUUUCCUUGAACAAAAGCCCCAAAGUCCCACCUUGGAAUUCUUGCUACGGAAUAGUGACCGGACUGUGGAGCAGCUGAUUGAUCUCUGUAAAUUUUAUAAGAGAAUUGAUGUUGUGAAAGUGCUGCUGAAAUGGGUGGAGGAGGAAUGGCCCAAGAGAGGGAACAGAACUUACCAGAAUGACUUCUAGGUCAAAGAAAGUUGUUAGUCUGUACGUGUUAAAUGCUAGCUACCACUGAUACAUUGGAAGUUUCCCUUGCAAGAGAGAGAAAGCCUGUACUGAGGGUUUGUAUACUGUGUAAGCUUUAUCUACUGUAUACGCAAUGUAAGCUUUAUGCCCUCAGGGUUCCAAAGAUAACCUUCCAAAAGCGGAUGGAAUCAUCCAGGUUGAGUUCUUGACUUUGCAAAUACCUUCAGUUUCUUUGCUGCUGUUCACAACCUUCCUAAAUAGAAAAGGAAUGAAAAGGCCGGACCGCUUGUUUUACUGCAGCAGUUGUGAACCGUAUCAGUCGAGUGCUGUUGUUUUUGGGAAAGCCACAGUUAGAAGGCAAGUCUCUUGGCCUUACUGGUAGCUCUUCCACAGUUUUGUAUGUUCUACCUAGUAGAAUAUGAGGUGGAAUCUUUUUUCUUCCUUCUUAGUUGUUUUUAAGCUUUGUGGCACUGUUUUUGGCACAGGAACAACUCAGUGUUCCAGGCAGCAAUUUGGAUCUGAAUAUUACAAUUAACUGAAUAUUCAACAUCACGUUUGAGAAAAUUAAGUCUCUUAUGAACAAGAGUAGACAUUAAACAAUAACAGAUGUUAAACAAAAUAAUUACUCACAUGCUACUACAUCAUAGGCUAUAUAUUUACUCUAAGAGAAAUGCAAUUCAGAGAGACUUUUCAACCCAUAACCUUUAGGGGCCAAAAAAACCAAUUAAAAGGCUCUACGCUUAAAAUUACUUUCCAAAGGUUUAAAGAUGGUGUAGUCUGAGUGCAGGUAUCAAAUCCCUCUCACUUUGCAGUGUGAGAUGAUGGCGCUACAGGGUAUUGUUAGUAUUGACUGUAACUUCCCUUUUCACAGGCUGUGGUUUUCUUUACAGUUCUGUGGGUUGGCCUACUUUCUGUCCCACACCAAGGCAGUUGCCAUCUUGUGUGAAACUAGCACUAUAUAUUGAUUAAAGCCACUCUAAUGGAAAAUGAACAGCUGAAUUCACCUACAGCCCAUGUGGAUGGUUAUUAAAGCACUUACAGUGGUUUAGACUUAUUUUUUAAAGGAUUCUGAUUGUCUGAAUUACACUGUUUACAUUUAAAAUGUUUUAGAAUUGGCCUUUUUCCUACCAUUCUCCUGACAUCUCAGACAAUGUAGUGUGUACAUAGGUGUAUAUACCCAAGCACUGGUCAAGAUAUGGGGCAAAACUAGAACAGGGUGCAGGUUGAUACACUGUUUACUUUUCUCGAGUAGAAAUAGUAAGAAUUAGUAGUGAAGCUGAGGGAAGUGUAAUGCUGUAUGUUGAGUUUCUUACUGUAAGAGUUUGGAAAGGGACCUCUAGUAAUACUUUACUAUAAAUACUGAGUGAGAUGGUUACACAGGACCUAGAAGUAAAGACUAACAUUUUCAAGUCAGGCUCUUGUUCUGGACUGACAAAAAAAAUAGCUUUAUUUUAGAGACUUCAAGAAGCUGAAAGUCUUGUUUCAGGGUAAAGAAAUUGACCUACAUUUGAGGUUUGAAUUUUUAAUUUUUUUAGAAAAGACUGGAAUUUGUGAUGAAUUUUUUUAACCAUUCCUCAAAAAAAAAAAAAAAAAAAAAAAAGCUGCUACUCUUUAGAACUCUAGUUUUCUAGUUGUAUCUUAAGGAGAAAGUUUUACUGCUCUGCCUUGUUGGGGCCGGAGUUUAAGCUAAUGGUUCUCUUUCAAGAGUGGGUGUUUCCCAACAGAUGUCUGUCAGCUCAUAACCUUUGCAAAUAAUCUUCUGUCUUGAGUUAGAUGCUCUAGAUUCAGCUUUGGGGACUAUUGCUAUUGCUGAGCUGCCUGCUGCUUUCAGGUCCUGCAGAGGCAUCCACUGCCAAUGUGGAAUAGCUCAUAAUGCAGCUUGUCCAACAUAAUUCCCGUACCUUGGUCUAACUGCAUGCAGGAUUUAGGAUCAUAUCUCUGUGUGUUAAGUUGUUCUUCUGAGUGAUGAGUGCUUGCAUGUAUGCACACAGAUUUUCCCUCCCAUAACAUACCACAGGUAUAUCUGUGUGGUAUUACAAUAUGCUGUGCUUUGGUACAUCCAGACCAGCUAGGAGCUGGAAUCCUCACCUAAGAAUCAGAAUGGGAAUAUGAAAUGAUGCAGUACCAGUCCUGAAUCAAGGUGUUCAGCUGAAAUCUGCCCCUUUUCCUGAUUUCUGGGUAAAAUCUGUAAAAUUUUGAGGAAACUCUGUUGUUUUGUGAAGAUGAGUUUGAUCCCUUGAAGCUCUUCAAAAGUCAAUGUCAGAUGCAAGAGUUCGUGUCGCAUGGAAAUAAAGCUGCUUCUGAGAGUUCAUAGGUGGAUUCUGUAUAAAUUCAGCUCUGAAGGUUGAAAAUGUUAGCCUUAAACUUCACCACACACUGGAUUAGUCAUAACUAUACUUGAAAUACUUUUUUUCCUCCUUGUAUGGCAUAAAUGGAGAUGUACGCACUCUUUUUUUAGUUUUAUAUCUGUUUACAAGAUAUUGGUUCUGAGUGUUCAAUUUAUUCUUAUGUUUUCUGUUUUAAUGUGUACUACUUGUAGAAGAAAUACAGUUGUCAAUGUUUGACUU